AUGCAGAACCAGACAGAAGUUACUCAUUUCAUACUGAUGGGCCUGACAGAUCGACAGGAGGCUCAGAUCUUCUUGUUUGCUAUCUUCUUGUUCCUCUAUCUAUCAAGUGUGCUUGGAAACGGCGCUAUCAUGUGUGUGGUGGCGACAGAGCGCCGACUUCACACACCUAUGUAUUUCUUCCUCGGUAACCUAUCUUGCCUGGACAUUUGCUACUCUACAGUCAUUGUUCCCAAGACCCUUGUUGGCUUUCUGUUGGCCCACCAAAGGAUCUCCUUCAUUGGAUGCAUCACUCAGCUCCAUUUCUUUCAUUUUCUGGGCAGCAGCGAAGCUCUUCUUCUAGCAGCAAUGGCAUAUGAUCGAUAUGUGGCUAUAUGCAACCCCUUGAAGUAUCCUCUCAUCAUGUGCCGAACAGCGUGUCUUCUACUGGCAGCAGCCACAUGGACCAUGGGAUUCUUCCAUGCCUUGAUGCACUCCGUCAUGACCUCCCGACUGCACUUCUGCGGCCCCAAUAUCAUUGAGCAUUUCUUUUGUGACAUCAAACCGCUCUUGAGACUGGCAUGCAGUAACAUAAUAGUAAACCUCAGCCUCCUCAACAUUGUAACUGGGUCAAUUGUCAUGAUCCCCUUUGUCUUAACUCUUCUCUCCUACCUUUACAUCAUCUCCUUUCUGUUCUUGAAGAUCCAAGCACAUAGUGGGAGAUGGAAAGCCUUCUCUACCUGCAGCUCCCAUCUCACAGUUGUAGGGCUGUUUUAUGUGCCAGUGCUGUUCAACUAUCUCCCUCCAUCUUCAGGAGACUCCCCACAGAGAGACAUGAUCGCGACCCUCAUGUACAGUGUCGUUACCUCUUUUUUAAACCCCCUGAUAUACACCCUCAGGAAUCAGGAGAUGAAAACAGCCAUGAGGAAAAGCUUGGGUAGGCUACUGCAAUCUGUAAGGAGAUGA